UGAAAAUAUAGGCAUGUAUCCUCUUGUUGUGCUAGAUAAUUUAAGUUUUUAAUUAUUGUCAACACUAGUGUAUACACAGUAAUGAAUUCCGACGAUGAUGUUGACGUUUAUGGUCUCAUUACCGAUUUAAGUAGACACUUGUUACAAACGUAUCGACAGCCUUUUCGUCGAAACGCUCAAUUUAUCUACGAUCAUGACAACAAAACGGUCAAGUUUCUUCGGAGCAAGGCUUUCGAGAUAUUACUUAAGAAAGCCGAUGGAAAAGCCCUUAAGCAAGAUUACAUGGACCAUGAACAGAUUGACCCAAUAUUAGAAAUACAAAAGCAUGUCUUUAUAAUGAAAUUAGGAUUAAUGCGUUCGGGUGAUCCUGUUGCAUUGGAGAGGCUGUUAGGAGACCUCGAGGAGUCUUCUUGCUCAAAUGCAUCCAUAUAUUCUGUUUUACAACUACUUGUUUGUUUGAAAAAUUUUAAUGUUACCCCUGAGCCAAUUACAAAUAUAUUUUAUUAUGGUAAAGCUAAUCCUGCUGUACCUGAAAUCACAUAUACUACCAGUAAUGCACAGUGUUUCCAACCAUUCCCUAUGGAAUGUUUUAUAUUGUCCAAUAAAUUUGAAGCAACAUUAGAAACACAAAGGCUUCAAGUUAUGCAUGCUUUACCAGCAGCUAUUACAAAUGAAUUACACCUUUUACAUGGAACAGUAAAGUCCAGUGGCACAAUUGGGACAGAGUCUGCAGACAUAUCUAUUACGUCAGAUUUCACAUCUGCUCAUGUAUUUGACACGGUCUCAUCUCAAGCACUGAUAUUUUCGAAUCAGUAUUUUAUGAAAAACUUAAAUUUAGAUUCAUACUUUUCGCAGGAAGUACUGACAUGUGGCAAUGACAACGAAAGUAAGUACAGUUUUUCCAGCGAGAAAAGCCUUGUAGCCAAGUAUUCUUAUCUUCCGUUUUCUUGCUCGGAAGCAAUUGCCUUGGAGGAUGAAAUUCUUAUAGAUGGUUGGAAGUCUUCGGAUCAUAGUGUCAUCGAAGAAUUGAACUUUCCUACGGAGUGUCAGAACUACGAAUGGAACGAUAUCGACCAUAUUAAUAACGUUUCCGUUUCUCACCGUCGUACGUGGGAACGUCUUGGAGAAAUACAACCCCCAAAGGAACGAAUGUUUCUGACUGAUAUUCCAACAGCUUCGAUACAUCUAGCGAAAAUUAAACAAAUGAACAGCUUAUCGUUGCUUUCACGAAAGAUGAUAAACACUGUGCUGCUGUUGGAAGAAAUUUCUGUAAGAAAUUUUGUCGGUGAUUUAAAAUCAAUGUUACUCGGAAUAGAGUCAAAUACUUUCGACUACAUGCAUGUGAAGGGAUUCACGUUACGAAAGAACAUCAGUGUGCACGGCGUGUGCUCGCAGUCGUUACAAAAAGCUUGCCAAGAAGCUAUCAAUUGGGGUAACUGCUUUAGAUUCUUAUCGGAUUUUAUUAUGCCGCAAAUACAAACCGGCAAAUUAUUACAGGAGGGUCUUAUAUUUAAGGCUGUGUGCACAAGUAUCAAGGAAUUAUUGCUUUAUUAUCGAGCGACACUCGUUAGAAUUUUCAAUCACGAAAAUACGUCAGAGCGGUUGUUGAAGACGUUCCAGAGAGUGCGUCCAGUGGCCAGGUUAAUCACGAAAGUUGCUAAACUCUGCAAACCUUACAAAGAAAAUGAAUGUACGCUUCCGGAAGGGAGCAGUAUUCUAACUAGAAUUUAUAACGAGGCGAUUCAAGUGACAGAUACUAAAGUCGCUUUGGUAUUCUAUUUUUUACUGAAAUCAUGCUGCGAUGUUUACUUUCGAUUCUUGCAAAAAUGGAUGUUUGAAGGUGUAUGCGAUGAUAUUUAUGGUGAAUUUAUGAUUAAAACCCGAUCACAGUACCUACGUAAUAGGGAUCAUAAAUUUUGGACAAAAAGUUUUAGCGUUCGUAACGAAGCAAUUCCCGGUUUUCUAAGCAGUUUAGCGGAAUCAAUACUGCAGUGUGGGAAAACAGUGAGACUUCUAAGAAUCUGCGACACAAAGAAUCCUGUAUGUCGUGUAUGCAUGACCGAACAACCGGAAUUGAAAGUUUGUUUGAGUGUGACCACACUCUGCGAACAAUCAUCAAGGUACCGAAAAUACGAACAGAAAGGUAAAGCAGCUCUUGGCCCGACACUUUCUUUGUCCACGGCUAUUCUCCAGCAGAAACAGUUGGAAAAGGAAAUGGCCGAGUUUGUUAUUCGGGCACAACACGAUACACUAUUGAGAAUUCGACGAGAACGGGAGGACGCGUUGAAAAAAAUCGCUCAAACGAAGCGUGACUUUUUUACAAAAAAUUCACGUCACGUCGAACGAACAAACAUUCUAAAUUACUAUGAGAAUCUAGCAAUCGAGAUUGAUAAUCGUUGCAUGCGUUCUAAAUGGCGUGCCAAAAGAAUGGCUUUCUUUGAGAAGAGGAUCGACGUAUUAGCUUCGAUGAACCGAAAUUCGCAGGAUCAGUUGAAAGUUAUAGAACAAGUCCGUCCUGUCCUCGGAUCAAGUCCCUCGACACCGAUCUCGUUUGAAGAUGAAAAUAAAAAUUAUGCGCGAGCGUCCUAUCAAACGUUUGUCGGAAAUGCAUUUGCAUCAACGACAGCUACGAUUUUUCAAGCCGGCCAAGAAGAUUUGAGACGAAGUCGACUUACAGAUUACACGGACACGGCAUUGAACAAUAAUAACGAGGACAGCAAUUUUUGCGUUGUCGAUCCAUUGAAUAAUCAACGAGUAAAAGACUCAAAGGGGGAAACGAUGUCGAAGCUACCGAGAAGCGUGACCCCAACGAGAGUGAUCAUUGCUACGGACGCCGAUCGGUUAUACGCGACAGUACCUUCUACAAAUAAGAAACUUGACAACAUUCUGAACAGUAAGCCCGACCACUGUGCGGUUCGUACAGCGACGAUCGAGAGGCCCACUGUUUUAAAUGUUGUGAAAAUCGAUAACUCAACGAUAGAAUCGGGUGUUCGCAAAAACGUAUGGUCCCUGGAAGGUAACAUGACACCAAAUAAUAACGAGCUUAACGUGGAAAAAAUCAAAAUUACAUUCGACGCCAGCGAUAUGACAUGCAGUGUCGCUGACAGUGCCGAGGAUACUGGAAAUCCGAACGAGAGAAAUGAUCUAGAAACACCCAUGUCGUGUACGACGGACAAUUUUCCUUCAUCGGUGCAGAGUCCCGUUUCACAAACGCACAAUUCGGAGGAUCGUUCACCCAUUGAGAUCUCUAGUAUCGAGAUGCUGUCCACUUCGUCUCGUACAUUUACGAAAUCACCUGCAGCCAUAAAACAAGAUGCAACGUUUUCCGAUAUAUUUGCAUUACAACAGGACGAACCAGCACCUAUCGUGUUACCGGCAACAGCCAGUAACUUGACCGUUUCCGACGUCGAGUUAAUCGAUCACACUUCCCUUCAAGCUUACCUGGAGAAGUCGAUUCGUGUUCCUCUGGAAGUACAGAGUCGACUCGUUAACAAUGCAGUUAUUAAAUACUUUUUAAAAGAAAACAAUUUAUUAUUGCAUUUGCAUAGUUUACGUAGUUACUUCUUUUUGUUGAACGGAGAAUUUUCAAAGAGCUUGACGGAUGCGCUUUAUACCCGUUUAUACGAAAUCUCUAUACCCGUUGAAUUAUUUAAUUCCGCCACGUUAACGAACCUCUUGGAACGAGCCCUCGUCAAUUCAUUCAACAACGUUUACGUCAACUCGGAACUUCUCGGUCUCUCGGCUACAAACCCACCGACGCAGUUGCACAUGUCCGAUCCAGCUGCGUUAGACUGUCUGUCACUAAAUUACAAGAUAAUCUGGCCGUUGAAUAUUAUACUCGACGAUGCGGUUAUGCAACAGUAUGGGAAAGUAUUUAAAUUUCUGAUAACAAGUGGUCGAGUAUCGUGGGUGUUGCAAGAAGAUUUCAGUAUCAUGAAGCGAGAACGCAAAGCACUUACAUCGCAACAGUAUCAUAAGUUGCAGUUAUACAGGCAUUCGAUGACGCAAUUCAUGAAUGCUUUGCAUAAUUAUUUAACAUGCAGCGUUCUAUACGCCAGCUGGACUGAAUUCGAGAAAGAUUUGGAACAUUCGUUGACCGUGGAUCAGAUUUAUUUGUCGCAUGUGAAUUACAUAAAACGAAUACUCUCGAGAUGUAUGCUGAACGCUCGUGGCGAAAAAGUGCGUGUCUGUUUGAAUAACAUAUUUAAAGUUAUCUUGAAAUUCCACAACAGAUUACGAUCUCAUUCUUGGACCAUGAAAUCGACAGGAUACGUGCACCCGAAUUUUAAAAGGCUGGAACAAAUGUAUCAAGCAUUCUGCGAAUUACGCGCGUACAUGGCGCACGUUGCGUUUAAAUUGGCUACUAGCGGCUAUCAACCGCACUUGAUGCAUUUUUUAAAUGCUCUUAACAUAAACCACAUGUAUGAUUUAACUGUGAAGACCUAUCGAGGUUCUUCGACAGGACCUUCAGAGUUAUAAUAAAUUAUACCAUCUUUGAU